AUGACGGCUGGCUAUUACGUGGACGAAAUUUUAACGCGGGUUGUACUGCUUAUGCUAUCAAGUAGCCCAGGUGCCAUUUAUCAAGAAGAAAACGAUCGUCCACAUACUGCGCGAUUCUCUCAACAAUGUCUUCAAGGAUAUGACGUACUACCACAACCUGCCAGGUCACCAGACCUCUCGACUACAGAGCACGUUUGGGACAUGCUUGGAAGACAAAUGCACCCGUCCGAAAUAUUGAAUGACCGAAGAUUGGCACUACUCACUGGACCAAAUCCAGGUGCUGAUGAAUUAUCACCCAUUACAUUUUUAGUUGAGGGACCGCUGAUAAGACUGAUAAAGUUAGGGGUUACACCGGUGGAUUUGCAGAUCAGCAGUAAUUACCAGCAGCCUUUCAUCGCUGGCAAACAAGUUUCUUUAUUUUGCCGUAGUCAUGGAUCGCAUCCACGCGCUCACUUAAGUUGGCACCGCAAAGGUAGUUUGAUAGUAUCGAAAGAAGUUAUUAGUGACAAUGGCAAUGUUACUACUGGUUAUCUUCUUCUAAACAUGACACCAGAAGAUGAUGGUGACGUCAUACAAUGCUUUGCAGUUAAUCCGAGUGCUCCAGAUUAUAUUUUAGUAACAAAUUAUACUAUGAUUGUACACUAUAAACCAGAAAUAAAUCUAGCAGUCCUUCAUAGUGGAAAAAGAAGAUUCGCACAGGGAUAUAACAUUACAAUUCGCUGCUCAGUGCGAGCAAAUCCAAGAAUUUCUCGAAUGACAUGGAUGCGUAAUGGUAUAGAAUUACACAGCUCUUCUUCUGUGUACCUUUACAACACAACACUGCAAAUUACAAAUAUAUCUGUAGCCCAUGCAGGUAAAUAUACAUGCAUUGCUGUAAACCGGGAAGGACAAACUCGGUCUUCUACUAAUAUUGAAGUGGCAU